UCUUGGUAUUGAGAAAAGAGUCGACUGUCGCGCGAUUCCCAACUGUCAAAUUGACAAAUUGUGCAGAACUUGAUUUUGGACCGGUGAGAACUAUCAUCAUCUUGCUCUUAACAUCUAACUUGGGUCUGAAGACUACCAUACUUAAUCAACACUUCAAGAUCUUUUGUCCAAUUAGAACUUGUCAAUUAACAGCAACAUAUCAGUGCUUUCUUAGCGGGGUCAUGCGCAUCUUCUCUGUCUAUAAAAUGCCACUCCUUACAAGAGGGAACUAGUCCUAGCCAACAAUCGAGGGCACUAGCUGAAAAGGCCAAGAGAGGAUUAUCAAUGGUGUCAAGCAAGUAUACAAAGCAUUCCGAAAAUCGUGAGAAAAGAGGAGUAAAUAGAAAAAUAAAGAGGCUGAAAGCAGAGAUGGAAGAGAUUAGUAAGCAACAAGUAAGUAUCAGACAAGGGCAAAAGGAAAUGAGAGAAAGGUUUGUUGAGAUUGAAUCAGAAUGUGAUCAGCUCAAAAAGGAGACUGAACUUAUAUCUCUUGCAAGUGACAACGUUCAAUUUCGCCUCAAUAUCAUCUUCAAGAUCUUGAAAGCGAGAGAAGAGAAGGAUUUCGGUAAAGCUGCUGAUCUUACUUGCUCUCUCAGAUGUUGUUUGCAGGAAUAGUUUGCUUUCUAGUCGAGGAUGAUGAUUGGAUAAGUUGCUAUUACGGUUUUCAAAGGUUGCUUUAUAUAUAUUAUUCUUUUUAAUAGAUGUUAUUUUUAUAAGUAAGAAUUGUUCACCAAGUUUGUGGACAUAAGUUGCUUGUAGGAACAACAUUGUUGCUUAAUAUUGGUACGAUAAUGCAAGUUGUAUGUGGACUAUUUCAUUUAUACAAUAAAAUUAUGAAUUGAUUUAUGAUCAAUUGAUGUAAGCUAAUAUUGUAAGGAAAGGAUGAAUCUAGGCCACUCCUCAUUGAUAUGAUAUGUUAGUACUUCCUCUC